UCUACCCGCCCGUAUGGUAGUUUAACCAAACGUGGGUAUUAUUCAUUAGUAGAAAAUACAUUGGUAAUCAGGACUUUGCAAUGUGUGAAAUUAAUUUUGAUAAACUGUAUUUACAACUAUGAUAACCUGAUAGCUUUAAUAGGUGUUUAUCAUUAAACGAUGAGAAAUCAUCUGUACACCUGUCUACUUAUUGUGUUCAUUUCCUUAUAUACUGGAUCUAACGCAAAAACAAGGUCCUCGUUUGACCAAAUGUUAAUGUCACGAGAUGGGAGCGCAAAACGAAAACCAUCGGAAGAAACUGUGGACAAAGAAGAAUUAAACAAGAGUUACCUGGAGAUAGUUGGAGCAAUUUCGACGGGUCUCGAGGCCGCUGUAUCUGAGUGUAAACACCAAUUUCGCUGGGAUCUUUGGAACUGUCCCCUCACCGCCACCUCCGUCGUCAAGGCAACAACAAACAACAGGGCAGCCAAAGAGGUGGCAUUUCUGCAGGCGAUAACUGCGGCAGGUGUGAUGUACUCUGUCACAAAGAGCUGCAGCCGCCCCGACAACAAAUUGUGUGGGUGUGGUGAAGGUGGAAACUUCCACUAUGCAUCUGACACGCUUCGCUGGAAGUGGGGCGGCUGCAGCCACAACGUGAAGUUCGGGGAGAAAGUGUCCCGAAUGUUCCUAGGGACAGGGCAACCUAAUUCAGACAUCUCACAGGCCGUCAAGAGCCACAACGAGAGAGCGGGUCAUAAGUUUGUCAAGCGGACAAUGAGAACACUCUGCAAGUGUCAUGGCGUUACCGGAAGUUGUCAAAUGCGCACCUGUUGGAAACAAUUAGCUGGCUUCCGGGAGAUCGGAGACAAGUUGAAGAAACGAUACAAACGAAUAAAAGACCUCCGCCAUAUGCGUGGGUUUAUGCAGUACAGUAAUAAAGUGCAGCACCCCCGCCUCACAAAAAUCUCCAAGCAGGAUCUCGUGCAUUUUCAGGACUCUCCCAAUUUCUGCGAGACUGAUAAUUCCAUCGGGUACCUUGGAACACAUGGUCGUGAGUGUCUAAGACUGGAGAAGGGUGCUAGUGGAAAAAAUCUGACCAAAUUCGAGCGACAGAGCUGUCGGCGCCUCUGCCGCGAUUGCGGGCACCGAGUCGGCAAGCACGUGCAAGAGGAGACGUAUGACUGUGACUGUGAAUUCAAGUGGUGCUGUUCUGUGGAUUGUAAGAGAUGCACGAGAAAUGUGACUAGGUACUACUGUAAAUAGAACACGUGAACAGUAUUUUAACGUUGUUUAAGCUACUUACUCCAUUACAGAUUUGGGAUGAAUCUUGUGAAGUGUCCACGAAAUCUUAACAAUUGCUGUUUGUCUACGUGAGGACAGAAUACACAGGGUAUUUUAGUGUUUUUAUUGUUUUGCAACAGUCGUCGCCCCUUUCUGUGAAUGGAUUAAAAUACUUACGAACGGAGAAAAACGGUUUCCAGACAAUCAAAGUUACUUUGUACAUACAUAAACUAGAUAUAGUGUCCGUAGUACAAAGAAAUGUUUCGCAAAGAUGAUUUAAAUGAUUCUAUAUUCAUGUUCAAUUACAGACAAACCCCGUUGGCUCGAACUAGGGACCGGCAAAAAUACCUCGAGCCUCGGAAAAUUCGAGCCAAGCAGGAAUUCUAGCCUUCAGUAUUAUGAUAUGGGAAUUCGAGCCAAGCGAAUUCGAGCCAACGGGGUUCGACUGAUUGUGGUUUUAUUGGCGCUUAUGCGCUUACAAAACUUCUAUAUCUUGUUAUUACUGUUCAAAUCGUCUACCCAAUUGUUUGGUUGGCUUUAUUGUUAGCAAAUAUAUGUGAUGUAAAUUAUUGUUUAGUUACCGUCUACAAUACAGACUUGACUUCUCAAUUAGGAUUAAUACCAAAUGAGAUUAUCUGUAAAUAUGAUAUGUACUGACUUUGAAAUAAACUUUAUUUCUUUUGA